CAUCCAGCAACAAUCAUGGCGGCUCUUGUCAGGUUAUAACGGGCACUAUCACCGGGGAUUGAGCUACUGUUGUGAGAGGUAACUUCUUUUCAAAUUAUUUUUAAAGAGCAGAAAUGGGAAAGAGAAAGAAAAGCUUGGAUAAUGCUCCAGAGAAAAAGCAUUCCAAGGGCACACAACAGAGUCCUGGAGAGCAAAAGAAGAACUCUCGUAAAAAACUAGGUCAUGCCCCUUCAGGAGGGAAAUCUGUUCAGCAGACUAGGGUUACAUUCCAGAAGCCACUUACAGUAGGGGUUCUAGAACAUGUAGAGAGCUGCAUGGAAACUGCCAUGUUGUCAGUGAUGAGUAGAAAAAUCUCUUUACGUCAGGUGGUCCAGGGGCAGCUAACUUCCUUAACACAGCGGUUCCUUCGUCAGUGUAAGAAUGCAAAAUUUCCCUCAACCAAACUGAAUAAUUUAAAGAGCCUGAAAAAAAAUGUGUUGCAGGAACAGAGGAUAACAGAGGAACUAGAAGAAACAAUGCAUUCCUUGGAUUGUAAACUUGAGAAAGCUGUGGAAAAUGCCCAAACAGCAAAAGAUUCUAUUCUAUUACUUGAAGAGAAAAUAGAAAACUUGGAGCAGGAAGCAUCAGGAAGUGAUACGAUCAAUGUGAUAACCUCAAAGGCAAAUGGAUUGCAGCUUCCAAAAGUUUCAUAUACAGUUCCCACCAUGCAAGACAAUUUUCAGAAUUUGAAAAAUCCCUCUAUGUUGUUGGAAGAACUUUGUGUGAUACAGUCUACUCCUGCUGCUGUUGAUCUAUGCAGAAUUAUUGAGAAAUCCUAUUCUGUAAUAGAUGCCAUGUGAACAGAAUCAUUUUAUGUCUCCCACUUCUGUUUUUUUUCUUUCACAAUUACUGUGUCUGUUGCCUGUGAGUGCCCAGGAUUAUCUACAAUAUUUUAACCAGUUUCUGGUUGAAACAUAUAUCACAGGAGAAAUAUACAUGACCAAUCGUUGCUGCAGUAGAGAGAGAUUCAGAGGUAGCUCUUUCUCUUUAUUAUCUACAUAUUUCAUUAAAAGGGUUUGCAUAUCUAUAUUGAUUGGAAUGUCACUUUGAUGUGUAUUUUACACACUAAAAGUUAUUAAAAUCCUCCCUGGAGUGACUUUUUAAAUAUUUUUUUUU